CCCCAGCCCCCUCCCAAGCCUUUGUUAGCCAUGCCUAGCCUGGUAGUCCCAGGGAUAAUGGAAAGGAACGGGGGUUUCGGCGAUUUAGGCUGUUUCGGUGGGAGCGGCAAAGACAGAGCGCUGCUUGAGGAUGACCGGGCGCUGCAGCUCGCCCUGGACCAGCUCUGCCUGCUGGGGCUAGGCGAGCCUUCCUCCUCCUCCUCCUCCUCGGCCGUGGUGCUGGUGGAGGACAGCAACAACAACAACAAUAACCCGCCGCCGCCGCCGCCGCAGCAGCCCCCGCCGCCGCCGCCGCCGCCGCAGCAGCCGCCGCCGCCGCCGCCGCCGCCGCCCCCGGCGGCCCCGAAGGGCUCGGCGGCGCCCAGCGCCGGGGCGGCGGAACCCAAGUUGUGCGCGCUCUACAAGGAGGCCGAGCUGCGGCUCAAGAGCAGCUCCAACACCACCGAGUGCGUCCCGGUGCCCAGCUCCGAGCACGUGGCCGAGAUCGUGGGACGGCAAGGCUGCAAGAUCAAAGCCCUGCGGGCAAAGACCAACACCUACAUCAAGACACCGGUGCGGGGUGAGGAGCCGGUCUUCAUGGUGACGGGGCGGCGGGAGGAUGUGGCCAUGGCCCGGCGGGAGAUCAUCUCGGCGGCCGAGCACUUCUCCAUGAUCAGGGCCUCCCGCAACAAGGCAGGCACCACCUUCGGCAGCGCGCCCACCCUGCCGGGGCAGGUCACCAUCCGCGUGCGCGUGCCCUACCGCGUGGUGGGGCUGGUGGUGGGCCCCAAGGGAGCCACCAUCAAGAGGAUCCAGCAGCAGACCAACACCUACAUCAUCACGCCCAGCCGAGACCGGGACCCCGUCUUCGAGAUCACCGGCGCACCGGGCAACGUGGAGCGCGCGCGCGAGGAGAUCGAGACGCACAUCGCGGUGAGGACGGGCAAGAUUCUGGAGUACAACAACGAGAACGACUUCCUCUCCAGCAGCCCCGACUCCGGCAUGGAGAACCGCUACUCGGAGGCUUGGCGGGUGCACACGCCGGCGCCAGGCUGCAAGCCCCUCUCCACCUUCCGCCAGAACAGCCUGGGCUGCAUCGGCGACUGCUCCGUUGACCCCGUCUAUGAGACCCCCCGGCUGAACGACCAAAACGACUUCAAUUACGGUUACCUCUUCCCCAACUACGGUGUGAACAAGCAGGAUUUGUACUACGGGGUGCCGGAGUCAGGGGCCCCGAUGUGGGCUGGGCAGGAGAACACCAACCCCGUCUCGGUGCUCUUCUCGAAGCAGCAGCGCUCCAGCAGCACCGGCGCCAUCCAUCCCAACUCGCACCGCUCGCCGUCCUCCUCCAUCCCCGAGCCCGGCCUGUCCGGGCUGCCGCGGCGGUCGCAGGGGGAGCCGCUGCAGGGCUUCUCCAAGCUGGGCACGCCCGCCGCUGCCCGGACGUCGGUGGGCAGCAGCCGCGAGUGCAUGGUGUGCUUCGAGAGCGAGGUGACGGCCGCGCUGGUGCCCUGUGGCCACAACCUCUUCUGCAUGGAGUGUGCCGUGAGGAUCUGUGAGAGGACUGAUCCCGAGUGCCCCGUCUGCCACGCGGCAGCCACUCAGGCCAUUAGAAUAUUUUCCUAAAGAGACAGAACAGGGCAUUGGGGGGGUGGGGGUAGGAAGGGAGAGCGGGGGGGGUCCGUGAGAGAAAAAUGAUGAUGAUAAUAAUAAUAAUGAUAAUAAUAAUAAUAAUAAUAAUGACAUCUGAAGAACAAAAAAAAAAGAAUGAAAGAAUAAAUUAAUUUAAAGAAGAAGAAGAAGAAGAAAAAGAAGAAAAGAAAAGAAAUUAUUUUACGAGCAAUGUAUGUUAUUUUUUAAAAAAAUAAUAAGUGAAUAAUAAAAUUAAAAUGAAUAGCAAAGCCAGAAA